UUGAAGAUUGCCGAACGAUUCUAUGACGAACAAACUACGGUUAACUGGAUGAGUGGUGAUUGAGUGCUUCUCUCAGCUUCUUUCCUUCCGCAAUUGUGGAUUUGUCUCAGUUUUUGACGAUAACUGAUAUUAAAGCAUUAUACGUUACUUGAUACGAUAAAUUUGCGAAUCGAAAACGAUACAUAGUUCAUAACAAUAGUGCACGUUAAAGAGCUGCCUGAUAUUUUCGUCAUGCUGUCAGAAUUGGCAAAGGAGACAGAAUUGACGGGAGAUUCUUGUUGAUAUGGAGGUUGCCGAGAAUUUACUGGUCUGUGUUUUGUCUUUUCUUGGAAGGUUUCUCGGAAGUUUUUACAUCAAAAGGUCAUCGGAAAGCGUGAAUUGCAUCACGAGAAUUCACGGUGCUAUUGGUACCGUAAAAUUAUAAGGAACGGAGUUGUCUUUCAAUCGUUCAACUGCACCUUGUGUACUUUAGUGACCCUUGAAUGCCAACACAACGCAUUUAAUUAUUUUAUCUUGCUUUGUCAAGAAAUAUUAAUUGCAAAAUGGCAUCAACUUCCAGUGCUUCGGCACAGGUGUUGAUGAAUAAAGGAAAACGUGGUGCUGCUGCAUAUAUUCAUGCAGAAUGUAGCAAUCCGACCAUUGAUGCAGCAGGUCCACCACAUUUAAAUGAACUCUUGGAUAUUCUUUUGAAUCCCAGUAAACCUAUUGAUGACUGGGAAACUAUCGAUUGGUGUAAAUGGCUAAUGGCAGGUGGCCGUACACCAGAUGAAUAUGCAAAUACAGUACGAACUUAUGAUAAUGCUACUACAUGUGGAUUAGUGUGGACUCCUAAUUUUGUUGCAUAUCGUUGUCGUACUUGUGGAAUAUCACCUUGUAUGUCUCUUUGUACUGAGUGCUUCAAGAAAGGAAAUCAUCAUCGUCAUGAUUUUAACAUGUUUCUUAGUCAAGCUGGUGGUGCUUGCGAUUGUGGUGAUGCAUCUGUUAUGAAAGAGACUGGUUUCUGUGAUAAGCAUGGACCAAAAGCUGCUGUUAAUAAAUCUGCUGCACCUUCAGAUUUAAUGUGCGUUGCAGAAGCAAUGAUGCCCAAAAUUAUUUUGCGUCUUAUUCAACAUUUAAGAGAAAAUUGUAAAGUCGGAUUACCUAGUAUACGAGAAUAUACAGAUUAUAGAGUUGCUAUACAAGAUGCAGAUGUUUAUUUAACUAUGCUUCUUGAUUUGAACAAUAUGGGUGCACUAAUGAGGCAUGUUAUGACAACAGCACUCACUAAUCCACAAAAGUAUAGAGGUCUUAUGGAUCCUUCUAUCUCUACUGGUCAAUCAGAGUAUGAUAACUAUUGUCAAGAUAGCAACAAAAUAUACCAAGAUGCUGUGAAAUCUUUGCCAAAUCCAGAACCACCUGAUGAAUACAAAGAAUGUGCAUCUUUACAAGAACAUUUAGAACAUACAACCUUUUUGGAAGAAUUAAUGUUUUGGACUGUUGCCUAUGAAUUUCCACAAAAAUUAGUAUGCUUAUUAUUAAAUAUGUUACCUGAACCUGAUUAUAAAGAAGCUUUAACUCGUGCUUUUGUUCUGCACUAUAGCAGAAUUUCUAUGAUGUUAGAACGUUCUGCAGACCCAGAUACUCUUAGCAAUAGGGUUGUGCAUGUUAGCGUACAGUUAUUUAGUAAUGAAGGUCUUGCAUUGAGGAUGGUUGACCAAUUGAAAUUAUUACAUGUAAUGGUUAUUUCUUUGAAAUAUAUGAUGAGUAAAAUAUUAAUUCAAAAUACAUUACAUGAUCCAGAUAAAAAUUUUCAUUAUGUUGUUGAUUGUGCACGCCAAGUAAUGAAAGAACAUUGCUACUGGCCUCUUGUGUCAGAUUUAAAUAAUGUUCUUUCUCACAAACCUGUUGCUGUAAGAUUUAUGAGUGAUGACACACUUUUGGAAAUGUGGUUUGAUUUUCUUUCUAUGUUUCAAGGAAUGAACGUUAAUCAGAGAGAAUUAAGUCAACAUGUUGAAUUUGAACCCAACACAUAUUAUGCAGCAUUCAGUGCUGAAUUAGAAGCUAGUGCUUAUCCAAUGUGGGCAUUAGUUUCACAUCUGCGUGGACCUGAAAGUGCAACUCUUAGUAGAAGAGUUCUUACAUUUUGUCUCAUAGCUUUGCAAGAUUGGUUAGAUGGAGUGAAUUAUACUCAUCCUAACGUGAGUGAUAGUCUACAAGUAUCAUUUCAUCUUCCCCUUCAUAGAUACUUCGCAGUAUUUAUGUGUCAAGCAGUUAGGCAGCAAGGUGUAACACUUCAAGAUUUGUUACCACCCACUGACAUGCUUCAUCUUCUUAUGAUGCAUCCACUGCGAGUUCAGGUAGCAUUUUCUGAAAUUUUAAAUGGAUUAUGGGUACGUAAUGGACUGCAAAUAAAAGGACAAGCUAUGACAUAUAUUCAGUGUAAUUUCUGCAAUUCAAUGGUUGAUGCAGAUUUGUAUUUAUUACAAAUUUGUGCAACAAAACUACAGCCAGAUGUUUUUCUAAAAACUGUUAUUGAAAAAUUUCAUGUACGAGAAUGGAUGAGUCUGAGUUUAUAUCAUGCACCCCAAAAUGAAUAUUUAGAAGGUGAACAUGACACUCUUAUGUUAGAAAGCUGUUUAACAUUUUUGGCAACUCUAGUUAAUGUACGAACGAAUUUAGGUUUGUCUGAUCCUGAAAUGUCCUGUCUUGAAAUGGUUACUUUAUUAUGUAUGGGAGAUAAAACUCAUAGUCAGUUAAUGGAAUUAAUGCCAGAACGGUGUGGCACUACACAGAAUAGAGAUUUUGAAUCCGUUUUAGCUGAAGUAGCACAAUAUCGAGCUCCAAAUCUUGAAGCUAGUGGAUAUAUGCAACAAGGCAUGUAUGGUCCUAAACCACGAGUUUGGGAUGAAUUAUUCGAUCCAUUACAUGUUUUACUAAGGGCUGUUCAUCGAAGAGAUUUUCAAAUAUCUAUGGAUCGUUUUACUGAAUAUGUAAAGCAAUCAGGUAAAUUAAAAAAUAAUGCAACGCCGUGGCCACCUUUUCGAUAUCCUGCACCAGUUUCACCAGACUAUGAAGAUCCACGUCUUGUCCUACGUACUAGAGUAUUCCAUGCUAUGAUAUUUAUAAUAUUAUAUAAGGCUGUGAAUGGACAUAAUAUAUCAGAGCAUGUUAUGGCAUUAGCCAUUUAUCUUCUAGAAAUGGCAGUUGUUACUGCAGAAUUACCUAAUAAGUCUAUCAACCCUUUAUGUCAGUAUAUGGGUGCUAGUUCAAUUCGUACGAUUAAAGAUAUGGACUUAGCAAGCUGGUAUGAAAAUGAUAAUUUAUCGGAAAACUUGAGGACUGUGAUACCUCAAGUAAUUCUAGUCCAAGAGCCAGAACCAAAUAGUUCAGAUAGUGAAUUUGAAUGGGAAAUUCAAGGUGAAGCAACUGAAGUUACUACUACUUUAAUGUUAAAUGAUGGAUCUGAAGAAGGUUCAUUGGAAGUAUUGGCUCUACCAUCAGUAGAACCAAUUAAUGAUAAUAAUGAUAUAUUAACCACUGUAAAUGUUGGUUCUCUUCCAGCUUUGCCACCAGCAAGUGUCGACUUUGACAUGGCAAUUAUACCUGAAGAUGGAAUUGUUGCUAUACAACAUGGUAACAUUGAAGGUGAUUUAAUGCCUCUACAAAGAGCUUUACUACCAUCCACUGAAGAAUCCAUGGCCCUUGCCCUUGAAUCACCUCCUUCACCAAAUAAUACGGUUGGUGGACAGCCUGCAUUACCGCCUGUACCUCAACGUCCUGCUGUUAUGGCUGGUAACGAAAUAAUUAGUACACAAACAAUGUAUUCACGACUUAAUACUACUGGAGCAACAACGACGGACAUUGUUCCAUCAACAUCAAACAUGCAUAAGCAUUGCAAGCGAAGAGAACCUCAAGUUGGGCCACAAACUGUGAAAGUAGGAGAAAGCAUAAUUUCAUUGCUUUUGAAAUUACAUUCUCAAUUAUCAGGAGUACCAGAUAGUUAUAAUCCUGACCAAAGUGUAAUGGUAGAUAGUGAAGCAAGUAGUAGCACUGCUGCACCAGCAAAAGAAUCUAGGAUUGGUGAUGGCCCAUUCUUUAUUUCACAACUUCUUAAAAAAAUAGCAAUUUUAGAUCCUAUGUGUAGAGAUACUAUUAUAGAAAGCAGAAAUAAAUUAUGGCCACGUAUGCAAGAUUGUGAGGAUGAACAACGUGAAAGAGAACAUCGAGAAAGAGAAGAAAGGCGUAAAAGAGCAAAAGAAAGGCAACAAAAACUUAUGGCAGAAUUUGCCAAUAAACAAAAACAAUUUAUGGAAAAAGCAAUGAAAACGGAUGAAGCAGGUGUAUCAGGAAUGGAUUGGGAUCAAGAGGAUGAUACAACAAAAUUGACUAGACAAAAGGAAUAUGAUUGUGUAAUAUGUAAUCAAACUACACCAAGUAGUGAAGACAAACCCAUGGGUCUAGUUGUACUAGUACAGGCAACUAGUGUUAUUGGUCACGGAAGAAAACGAUUAGACAGACUUAUUUUGCCUACAUCUGAUGAAGAUCCACCUAUACCAAAAGGUGACACACAUGGUGCUCAUUUUGAUCAUAGAAUAGAUGAAUUAAAUCGACAUUUCGAUACGUUUUCAUGGUUACUAUCUGUUAAUUUGGGUUGGGAAGGAGGUGUUCAUGUACAGACAUGUGGUCAUCAUUUACAUUUAGAUUGUUUAAAAUCUUAUUUACAAUCAUUACAAAGUCAACAAAGGCAACCAAGUCUAGCAGUUGAUACAGGCGAAUAUUUCUGUCCGCUUUGUCGACAAUUAGCUAACUCUGUUUUGCCAUUAUCACCGCAAUUAGGAGAAUGUGCAGCAGUAGUACGAUCUUAUCAAGCAUCUCCAGCAAUAAUACUUUCAGAAUUAAAUAAUCUUUUAAAAGAGAUACAACGAAAUCCAGUCUCAUCAAAUUUAGCUGUAGCAAUGGGAAAAGCCAUGGAAGAUAUGACAAGUUGCACAUAUUUAAAAUAUAAGCAAAAGAACUGUUCUCCUAGUCACCAAAGCUUGUUCCUUUUUGUAACUUCUAUAGCCAGAACUAAUUUUGAGGUUGAACUCGUACAACGUGGUGGAUCGUUAUAUGUUCCUUCGCCUAAUUCUAUACCUUUAACACCAAAACGUGACUGUAUUGUUGCUCUACUUCAUGUUCUUGCAAUGCACGCAAAAGUACUAACAACAUGGCCAGUACAUCAUACUUGGCAGCAACUAUCAGGCAUACCAGCAGAACCCUGUGCACCACUUGCAUUAACGCCACAUGAAAGAGAAGUUCCAUUGUUACUCAGAGAUCCAACUGCUCUUCUUAUACAAUUUAUAUUACUACUUCCACUACACUUGGAUCAAGCAUACUUCUCGAGCGUUGUGAAAGUUAUAUACAACUUGCUAUACUAUCAAGUCAUAGUGCAGAUAAGCUGUGAUCUUUUACAAGCAGAAAGAAAUACAAUUUUAAGAAGAGGCCAGUGUGGUGAAUGUACCGCCACUUCUUUAGAGAUUAUAUUGUGCAGAGUAAUUGAGUAUUUUAGUGACAGUGAUCUUUAUCGUACAGACGAAGCUAUUCAUAAACCAUCAACUUCAUCUUCUGUAUCUUAUGCCAGAGUUAAAACACAUUGGAUUGAACGACAGAUACAGUCUUUAUGCUUACCAUUUUUAAGAGUGGCUGCAUUACUCCGUUAUCAUCUAUAUGAACAACCAUUGCCUUUUGUUAGGUCACGCCAAUUUGAAUUUGUCAAAUUAGUGUAUUAUUUAGAAUUAGUGGCAGAAGGUAUGGAUUGGGAUAAUUUCAAUUCAACAGUGGCACUAAAUUGGCAAGAUGUAGAUGCAAGUAUUUCGGUUCCUCGUUUAUGGUGCGAUCAGUUACUUGCUUUUGUUAAUAGAAGUGAUGCAGCUAGAAAUUUAAUAAAGGAACAGCAUGUAUCUUGGCAAAUACCAAAACUGCUCAAUCUUCCAAGAGAAUAUGAAAAAAUCUUUACGUAUUAUCAUGAACGGCAAUGUCGUCAAUGUCAUUCAGUUCCUCAGGAAAUUAGUAUUUGUUUAUUAUGUGGUGCUAUUGUUUGCCUAAAGCAGAAUUGUUGUAAACAGAUGAAUGUGUGUGAAGCUGUUCAGCAUUCAAUUGAUUGUGGCGGCGGAACUGGCAUAUAUUUAGUGGUAACAUCAACUUAUAUUAUUGUAAUUAGAGGUCGAAGAGCUUGUCCAUGGGGAUCUUUAUAUCUUGAUGCAUUUGCAGAAGAAGACAGAGAUCUAAAACGAGGUAAGCCUUUGUAUCUUAGCCAAGAUAGGUAUCGAUUAUUGGAACAGCAAUGGCUAGCUCAUAGAUUUGAUCACACGAAAAAAACAUGGGUCUGGCAUCGUGAUUCUCUGUGACCUUCCAUAGUACUGAAUGCUCAUAAAUUUGAAAUGAAGUCAAGACUCAUUUAACUUGUUUAUUAUUAUGCAAUCUCUCGUUAACGAUAACAGCGCUUAAUGAAUAAACAGGUUGUUCAAAUACUUUACGAAUAUUAUAUUUAUUAUGAUGCAAUUGAUAAGUAGGCAUGACAAUGAAUGAAAGUAUUAUCCUACAAUGGACACUGAACUAAAUUGUCUAUAGUCACAAUUCUUGAAUAAUUAUAUCGAAAGCGUAUGUUUGAAAUCGACCAUUGUAUAUUUUAUUUAAAUAUAUAUAAAUAUUAUGUCCUAAUAAGAGGAGAGUACUUAUCUAGCAUCUAGUGUUUGUACUUUAUAGAGGAUGGAUAAAAUUUUAAGUGACAAUAGCAAUUUAGAAAAGAAGAUAAAUAUUAAAAUUUGUCCGAAUAAUUAUUUGUGCAAACAAAUUAUGGAACGUUUAAUUAAUAAGACUUAUAUUUGCAUCUUCUUUGUUAUAAUAUUCAUAGGCAAAUCUAUUACAUUUGACUUCUCUAAAUGCAAUGCAUGUUUUCCGAAUCAUAUUAUUGGACUAAUAUAUAAAUAAAUUUGAUAUAAGCUAGAUUAAUAUUACGAAUACAUUUUAUAUUUGGUUAUAAUAUCAUAAAAAAUAUAAAUCAUUGAGUUUUUCCAAAUUAAUGAUAAAGAAUAUAAGAAACAAAACAUUCUAAAAUGUAUUGUGUUAUAAACGCGAUGAAAUUAAAAAUUAAUGUCUUUUCUUUAGGUAUUUUUUAUGAUUUAUAUACAUUAUAAUUGAUACUAUCAAAAUUAAUUAUUUUAUAUUGGAUAUAUACAAAUGAAAAAAUUAAUUUGGUAAUUUAAAUAUAAUUCUAUGGUUGAAGGUAUAGUAUAACUUUUGUAAGAGAAUUGAUUUAUUUAAAAAGUUUCUCUUAGUAAUUUUGUAUUUUGAAGAUUUACUGAGAAAUGUUGUUGUUUAUUCACUUAUUAAUUUAAUAUUGUGUCUUAUAUCGGAUUGUUAAGAAUUGUUUAAUUUUUAUUAUGUAAUAAAAAAAUAUAAUCAUAAUUUAUAAUAUAAUAGGUUUUUUGUUUAAGAUGCAGAUAAGAAAGAAUGUAACAAUAAAUAAUGAUUAUUAUAAAUAUUUGUUUGCGCAAUAAUAAUUUGCUUCAUAUUGAUGAUUCAAUGAAAAUUAAUGUAAAAUUUAAAUUAUAAUUAGAAAUAUAUUAAUAUAUGUCAGAAAAGAAACGUUAUAAGAACGAUACUUUACAUUAAACUUAGUGAUCAAUAUGUGUAUACGGUAUUUUUACGAUAAUAAGAAUCCUAACACUGAGAUAAAUAACAUAUACAAAUGAUUUGCUGAUUAAAGUGCUGCAUAGUGCUGUUACUAUAAGAAUUGCUUCUUUUACAAUAGAUAUUCAUAAUCUGUAAAUAUGUAAUAAUUAUAGGAUAUUGCAUAUUGCAUUAUUAGUCAAUGCUCAAAAUCAGAUGAUCUGUACAUAAUUAAUAAUUAUUUUUAGGAAUCUUUCUGCUUAUAAUAUAAGAACAUACAAUAAAGCAUUAUACAAAAAACUGAAAAUUUAUUAGUAAUGGCAAUUAUGAAUCAUGUUUAAUGUAUAAAUACAAAUGAUUCUAUUAAAAAUACUAAAAUUUAUUAUUUUAUCCUUUCAAUGUUUUUUUUACAACAGUUCUAAUAACAUAGCGAAAAAAUAUUUCAUCGAUUAAACUUAUAAUUACAAAAAAUGAACAAGUGUUAAAGAGAGGAUUUUAAAUAAAUACACGAAAACCUAGUAACUUGCCAAAAAAUAGUACUUAUUUUUAUUAUAUAAUUUAUCAAGAUUCAGACGAAAAAUGUGCAUGAUGUAUUACAAAUACAGAAUUAAGAAAACAUUAUAAUGUAAGGUUUAUUUUUAUGAAGAGGUAUCAGCACUUCCACGCUAUUAUUUUGUAUUCCUUUUUGAAUGAGUGUGAAAAGAAAAUAAAGACAAACAUUAUUCAUUCUUUAGUGUGCUGACUACUGGAACUGCUUGAACGUGAAUGUCGUUUAAAUUUUGGUUGAUCUACAGAGUCAGAAACAUUCUGAUUCUUCUUUGGUUUAUCCCUAUUAAAAUAAGAUGUAUUUCCAUCUGUAUCAUGUUGUGUAUUAGAUGUACCUCUCCUGUAAUCGUUGCGUCUAUCAUAAUAUCUAUAAUUAUCUCUGCCAAAUCUGUUCGUUCUGUAUGAAUCACGCCUACGAGGAGAAUAAUUUCUCCUACUUCUUCUAUCACGACUAGAUCUGCGAUCAUAAUCUCUAUCUCUCGAUCUCUGACGACCUCUUGAUCUAGAGCGUCUACUGCUGCGUCUCUUGGUUCUAUCUCUCGAAUCAUAUCUAUCGUAUCGAUUCGUUUCGUGUUUGAUAGACUUCUCAUUUUUACGUUUUGUAUCUACUUUAUCAUUUGAUGUAAUCUCAUUAAUAUCCAAAUUUUUAUUUACAUUAUCUUCGUUCUCUUGUACACUUUUAUUUGUAGUAUUUUUUUCUUCUGUUUGAUCAUUUUCUUUAUUUUCCAAUUGUUCGGGUAUACACGCGCUACUUUCAAAUUUUUCCAUUAAAUAAUUAUCUUUAUCAACUCGCUCUUCAAACUUAUCUAUUUUAUCAUCUUCGGAUUUGCCUCCUUCUUCUUCUUUUUUUAAUCGUUCCUUUUCUAAUUUCUAUAAACAAGAUUUGAAUAAACGUAACAAUUAAUCUAUAUUAAAUGUCAUAGUUUUGAAACAUACCUGAAAUUCAUGUAAUUUAAUAGUACGAUUUUGUGCUUGUUUCCAAUGUGGUGGAGUUACACUUCUAGAGCGGCUUCGCGAAGGAGUGUGAUAACGCUGGAAUUUGUAAAAAUUAAAAAUAGUACUUUAUGAUGUAUUACUUUUUAAAUUUAUUUUAUGAUGAAAUUGGCAUUAAGUCCCUUUACACAAAUAUUCAAUCAUUUUAAAAGUCUUCUUACAGAUGUACCUAUUCAUCUAUGUAUUACUAUAGAUGUAAAAAAAAGAAAUCGUAUAUCGUUUGCCUAAUUUGUAGAUUAGUAAGAUAAAACAGAUUAUUAAAAAAAGUGAUAUGAGAUAAAUCAUUAUAUUUUUACUUUUAAAGUAAAAAAAUUACGAAUACUUACAAAUACACCUCGUCCCUUAAAGACACGUCCAGUUUUUCUACGUAAUCGUAUACGUUCCCUGCCAAAAUGUUGUCGAAAUUCCUUUUGAUUAGCAUUAUUUGUAGGUCCUGCCCUAUAUAAAAAUUUAUUUGCAGGAACCUCAGGUAUCUCAUCAGGAUCAAUUUUUGUAACAGAUACAAGUGGAUGAGGCUUCUCAUUUUCAUCUUCGUUUGAAUCAUGGAUUUCACCAUCUUCUGAUUUAGCCCUUUUCUUACUAAUGUGUAAUAUAAGCAUAUAAUAUACGAAAUAUAAAAGUCAUGUUAUGUUACAAUAAUAACGAGAAUAAUUUUAAUUUUCUUAUACCUCUUCUUAUUUCUUUUUUUUUUGCUUUUCUCUGCAUGAGAAUCUGAAUCUGAUUCUGAAGAACUACGCUUUGAUUCGUGUUUUUUUCCUACAAACAAAUUUAUUUAUUUAAGGAUUAUUAUACUAAAUAUUCUUUUUUAUAUUCCCCAUAUAUCAUCUAAAAUUGAAAAUUUCAUAAAAAUUCAUAUUACUGACCUUUACUUUUAGUUUUCAAUAUUAAUUCUCCACAAUUUACAACCUUAGCAUCCUGCAAUGGACGAGACAUACGAUCAACAGGUAAACCCUCAAUGUGCAUAACAACUUCCUGGCCAGACACUACUUCUCCAAAAACGACGUGGACACUAUUUAUUUUAUGAGAAUUCCAUUAAAAAUCUAUACAAUAUCAUAAUUUAAUUAUUCAUUUUAUUAUUUACUCACUUGUCGAGGUGAGGCGCUGGUUGUGUUGUACUACAACAACAAAAUAUGAUUAAGGUGAUGAGAGAUGAACAGAAAGAGCCAGCGUUCAGUGGUCAUUGUGUUGUAGUAGUGGUGUGCAGACCCUUCCCUCAUGACUACACAAAAACAUGGCUAUAGUUAUUCAUUCUUUCACAUUUAAUAUUAUUACUAUUCUUUUCAAGAUUCUCUGCAAGUCCUAUGUGUAAUAAUGAACGUUCCAAAUACAUUUUAGUGGAACAAGAUAAGUAGUAUGAUAAAACUUAAAAUUAAAAAUGUCUAUUUAAGUUUUAUUCGCUUUAUACUAUGUAGCAUUACUUUUUAUAAACAUAACAAUUUGCCCAGCUAUUUGUAUUUAAUUUCACUCCCUUUUUUGGAUAUCUAGUAUCACCACCAUCAACUAAUAUAGAUAAUAAUUUCUUAAUUAUAUAAAAUAUCAUAUAAAUUGUUAUUAAAAUUGUUAUAUAAAACUAAUAGUAACAUGCAAAAAUAAUCUUAAUAAAUAAAAAAACAAAAAUACACUAUAUGUAUGAAGAACUUUUUUGAUACAUUUAUAGAACUAGUAUAAUACAGAAUGAUAAGAACUAUAUUUCUUUUUUAAUUACUUGAUAAAGUAGUAUAUGUCAUCUAUUGGCGGAUUUAAUCUUCAAUUAAAGCCUGAGGCAUUAGCCAUAUUUGGGACCCCAUUAAAAUAAAUCAAUUAUGUAUAAUAUAUAUUUUCUCAAUCCAACUGUUCAUGCAAACGAUGAAAUGAGAAAUACGUUUUCCAAAAUCGGUAAUAGUCGCAAAAAUAGAAAUAAAAAUAAUAUACCAGGACAACUAUUAAAUUAAAUUUAGUUUGUCGUGUGGGGCCCCUAUCUUAUGAUGCUUGAGAUGAUUGCAUUCACCUGUGUAAAUCUGCCACUGAUGUCAUCAUAUACAAGUAACUUUUUUAUAUUCAGAAAAUUAUUAUAAAUGAGACUACAGACAAAGAACAGUUUUGUCAACUGUUAGUGUUUAAAUAGUUUAGUAAUUAUAUAUAUGUAAUAUAUGUAAUUUGUAAAUAUAAAUUUACUAAAUAAAUCUCCAUUUUAAUACACGGAACAUAUUGUUGUAUUAAAUAAAGGAAUAGUCUACAAUACCAUUUUAUAUACUAUAAAGAAAUAAUCUAUUGAGAAAAUUAUACACAUGCAUAUACUAAUCUUUUUACUUACAUAAAAAAUUGUGAUCCAUUUGUAUCUUUACCACGAUUUGCCAUUGACAAUAAAAAUGGCUUAUUAUGCUUCAAAAUAAAAUUUUCAUCUGUAAGAAUAUUAUUAUUAACAGAGAGAGAGAGAGAGAGAGAGAGAGAAAGAGAGAGAGAGAGAGA